AUGGUCAUGGAGGUGGACGAGGAUGAGGGUUACAAGGCUGAGCGCGCUUACGUGGCGCUGUUGCACGGAGAAAACAAAACAUUUCUCCUGUAUGCCGCGUCGUUUCAGCCUGAGUUAGGACAGCUACGGACAGGGCCUCGGAAGAGUUUUGUUGAGCACAAUGCUUCACAUGUUGAUUGCGCAGGCGAACACGUGAAGAGCCUUAGCGCGAUUUGGGAAGUUGAAGAGGUGGAUCUUGUAGAUUGUCCAGUAGCGGACAAGUCCCGUCGAAAGCGGCAUCGCUACGUGUUUACAAAGCUCAGAUGCCUAGAGGUACCCUACAGGAGAAUCAUUUUCUUGGACCUGGACGUGAUUGUGAGAAGUUCGCCAGCUCCUUUGUUCGAGGCCUGA